CCCCCAAAUCCAAAUCCAAACAGAAUCAAAUUCACCGCAGAAUUUAUCUUCUUCGAAUCACAACAACAAUGUGCCCCCGCUGAAACUCCUAAACCAAUUCCGCCCUAAUAAAAACUUCAUCUUUCUUGAUUACCAAUGGAAUCCGAGCUCAAAGAGCUUAAUGCCGCCCCCGCUGCCCCUCCGCAGCCCGAAUCCGAUUCCCGCCCGCUCCUCAAACCCGAAUCCGCGAACCCGGUUUCCAGCCCUAGCACCAGCAUCGACGAACUCGAGAAAAAGUACGCUCCCUAUGUCCGCUUCGAUGUGUACGGCCCAAUGGGGCGCGGGGACCUUCCGUUGGUGGAGAAGUUUCUACUCGGAUUGGCACUCAUCUUUCUGCUUCCGGUGAGGGUGGCGGCGGGGACGGCGAUUGUGGUGUUUUAUUACUUGAUCUGUCGAUUUUGCACGGCGUUUUUAGCUCCGAAUAGGGAGGAUGAGCAGGAGGAUUUCGCCCACAUGGGCGGCUGGCGGAGGGCGGUGAUUGUGCGGAGCGGUAGGUUUUUGUCCAGGGUUUUGCUCUUCGUUUUCGGGUUUUAUUCGAUUUCGGAUACAAGUGGCGGUGGUGAGGUUGAUGGAGCGGUGAUCACUCAGUCUGCAGAUAGUAAUGAAUCAUCUGAAGUGUUGGAAGGAUAUGGGGCUAUUGUAUCCAACCAUGUAUCUUACUUAGAUAUAUUAUAUCAUAUGUCUUCUUCUUUCCCAAGCUUUGUUGCCAAGAGAUCUGUGGCUAAACUUCCUCUUAUUGGUCUUGUAAGCAAGUGUCUCGGUUGUAUCUAUGUGCAGCGUGAAUCAAAGUCAUCAGAUUUCAAAGGGGUUUCAGGUGUUAUCACUGAACGAGUUCAAGAAGCUUUUCAAGAUAACUUUGCUCCAAAGAUGCUACUUUUCCCAGAAGGCACAACCACAAAUGGUGACUACCUCCUCCCAUUCAAGAGUGGUGCUUUUUUGGCAAAGGCUCCAGUAGUUCCUGUCAUUUUAAGAUAUCCCUAUCAAAGAUUUAGUCCUGCAUGGGACUCAAUAUCUGGGGUGCGCCAUGUGAUUCUUCUUCUAUGCCAGUUUGUGAAUUACAUUGAAGUGAAAAAGUUACCAGUUUAUCACCCCUCAGAACAAGAAAAGGCAGAUCCCAAACUUUAUGCUGAAAAUGUGAGACAGCUGAUGGCUCGAGAGGGCAAUCUGAUUCUUUCAGAUAUUGGAUUAGCAGAGAAACGAGUCUAUCAUGCUGCUCUUAAUGGUUUAUUAUGUGAAAGAUAACCCGAGUCCGACGUGUAUAUAUUCAUAUAAUGAAUGUAUUUUUUGACCCCAUAAAAGUGAAAACUUAACGCUGAUAGAAGAAAAUCACCGGUCGUCUAUAUGAUCUCUAAAUAUUCAGCUUUGGUGGGAUUUUCUCUGUGCUCUCUUUGUUCAUAUAUUAGGCAGCAUUACUUAGAAGUGAUCAUGGAAAGCUCGGUAGGCAGUGGACAUGGCCAUGGGGCUAUUACUUGCGAAAGUUUCGUUUAUUUGAUUGUUGCAACGUAAAUUAUAGCAGUUGUGUAUAUAGCCGGGAAACCUCAUUCUUUGAUUAUAUCUAACAGCUUCUUCUACUAGUUUAGGUUGUCGGAUUCGAAGUUUAAACUGUUAUAGAAUCUUAGUUUCACUCACAGCUAACAGUCUUUCAAAGCCUCAACAGUGUAUCAAAUUGGGGAUUAUGUUGUGAUAGUUUUUGAAGUUAGAAUCAUGUUUUGUUGUUGCA